AGCUCCCCGCCUAGGGCCAGCAAGCGGCGCGCGGCGCGAAGGGGAGAGCCGCCUGCCGCAGCCGCCGGGCCCCGCGCGAGCCGUGCCCGCUGGAGGGGCGCGGGCUCCGCCGCAGGUCUGCGUGCCGAGAAGGGGCCUGGCGUCUUUUCUUCUCCGCCGGCUGUCAGUGAUGUCAUGCGGAGGCAGCCGCCGCGGCGGGGGGAGGAGGCGCUGCAGGUUCAUGUGUGUGUAAUGAAAAGGCAGUGGACAAGCUGCCAACACGCACGAGAGCGAGCGAGCGAGCGAAACUGGACCCACUGGAUUUGGCAAAGCGAGUCGUCAUCUGCAGCAGCUCCAUGGCGAGGGAGGAGGGAGCGGCGGCCCCGGCCUCUGCUGCUCCAAUGUGAAACCCCCCAAGCCCAGGGUGGGGGAUCCUAGCGGGGGGGCCCGCAGGCCAAAUACAGCCUCCUCCGGCGCGCGAUUGCUUCCCCCCCGCCCCCCGCUCGCUGGGAUUUACCCUCCGCGCGGCGGCGGCAGCAGCCAUGAACUCGGCGGAGCAGACCGUUACAUGGCUGAUCACCCUGGGCGUGCUGGAGUCGCCCAAAAAGACCAUCUCGGACCCCGAGGGGUUUUUGCAGUCGUCUCUGAAAGACGGGGUGGUGCUGUGCCGGCUGCUGGACCGCCUGCUCCCGGGCACCAUAGAUAAAGUUUACCCGGAGCCCCGGACCGAGAGCGAGUGUCUGAGCAACAUCCGCGAGUUCCUGCGCGGCUGCGGCGCCUCCCUCCGCCUGGAGACUUUUGACGCAAAUGAUCUGUAUCAGGGACAGAACUUCAGCAAGGUUCUCAGCUCCCUAGUUGCUCUAAAUAAAGUAACUGCAGACAUUGGGCUAGGAAGUGAUUCCGUAUGUGCACGGCCCUCAUCUCAUCGGAUAAAAUCUUUUGAUUCCCUUGGAUCCCAGUCUUUGCACAGUAGAACUUCAAAACUCUUUCAGGGACAGUAUCGAAGUUUGGACAUGACCGAUAACAGCAAUCACCAGCUGGUGGUGAGAGCAAAAUUCAGUUUUCAACAGACCAAUGAAGAUGAACUUUCUUUUGCAAAAGGAGACAUUAUUCAUGUUACGAGAGUGGAAGAAGGAGGCUGGUGGGAAGGGACUCACAAUGGCAAAACAGGAUGGUUUCCUAGUAACUAUGUACGAGAAAUAAAAUCAAAUGAAAAACCAGUCUCCCCCAAAUCAGGAACACUGAAGAGUCCUCCCAAAGGUUUUGAUACGUCUGCAAUUAGCAAAAGCUAUUACAAUGUGGUGCUACAAAAUAUUUUAGAAACAGAAAAUGAAUAUGCUAAGGAACUACAGACAAUGCUUUCAAACUACUUGCGACCGUUACAAGUCAGUGAAAAAUUAAACUCUGCAAAUACUUCAUAUUUAAUGGGAAACCUGGAAGAAAUCAGUUCUUACCAGCAAAUGCUUGUACAGUCAUUAGAAGAAUGCACCAAGUUGCCUGAAGCUCAGCAAAGGGUUGGAGGAUGCUUUCUAAAUUUAAUGCCACAAAUGAAAAACUUAUACCUUGCAUACUGUGCCAACCACCCGUCAGCAGUAAAUGUUCUCACAGAACACAGUGAGGAACUAGGAGAAUUUAUGGAAAUGAAAGGUGCCAACAGCCCUGGGAUCCUUGUAUUGACCACUGGCCUCAGCAAACCUUUCAUGCGCCUGGAUAAAUACCCCACGUUACUCAAAGAGCUUGAAAGGCACAUGGAGGAUUAUCAUCCCGAUCGACCAGAAAUUCAGAAAUCCAUGACAGCCUUCAAAAACCUUUCCGCUCAAUGUCAAGAGGUACGGAAAAGAAAAGAACUUGAACUCCAAAUACUGACGGAAGCCAUCCGCUGCUGGGAGGGAGAGGACAUUAAAACACUGGGCAAUGUAAUUUACAUGUCCCAGGUCAUGAUUCAGUGUGCUGGAAGUGAGGAAAAGAAUGAAAGAUAUCUUCUUCUCUUCCCUAAUAUUUUGCUUAUGUUGUCUGCCAGCCCUAGGAUGAGUGGGUUUAUCUAUCAGGGAAAACUGCCAAUGACAGGAAUGACCAUCACAAAGCUAGAAGACAGCGAAAAUCACAAAAAUUCAUUUGAAAUAGCAGGAAAUAUGAUUGAGCGGAUAUUAGUAUCGUGUAACAACCAACAAGAUUUGCAUGAAUGGGUGGAUCAUCUGCAGAAGCAAACCAAAGUUACAACUGUUGGGAAUCCCACUAUUAAACCUCAUUCUGUGCCAUCUCACACUCUUCCUUCUCAUCCAGUAACACCAUCCAGCAAACAUUCAGACAGCAAACCAGUACCACUGACUCCUGCAUACCACACGCUUCCACAUCCUUCACAUCAUGGGACUCCACAUACCACUAUAAACUGGGGACCUCUGGAACCUCCUAAAACUCCCAAACCUUGGAGCUUGAGCUGUUUACGACCUGCACCUCCUCUACGGCCUUCAGCAGCUCUCUGUUAUAAAGAGGAUCUCAGUAAAAGCCCUAAAACCAUGAAAAAGCUGCUUCCUAAGCGCAAGCCUGAACGGAAGCCAUCAGACGAAGAGUUUGCACUGAGAAAAAGUACAGCUGCAUUGGAAGAAGAUGCUCAGAUUCUUAAGGUCAUUGAAGCAUACUGCACAAGUGCCAAAACACGCCAAACACUAAAUUCAACAUGGCAAGGCACUGACCUGAUGCAUAAUCACGUCUUGGCUGAUGAUGACCAAUCAAGUCUAGACUCCUUGGGUCGUCGCAGUAGCCUUUCUCGUUUGGAGCCUUCAGACCUCUCAGAAGACUCUGACUAUGACAGUAUAUGGACAGCCCAUAGUUACAGAAUGGGGUCUACAUCUCGUUCCCGUAAAGAGUCUGCUCCCCAAGUGCUGCUUCCAGAGGAAGAGAAAAUUAUUGUAGAAGAAACAAAAAGUAAUGGUCAGACUGUGAUCGAAGAAAAAAGCCUUGUUGACACAGUAUAUGCAUUAAAGGAUGAAGUACAGGAAUUAAGACAGUGCGGGUCCAUAUUUUCAGAGCUUCACCUACAGGAUAACAAAAAGAUGAAGAAAUCUUUAGAAGAAGAGCAAAGAGCUCGCAAGGACCUGGAAAAGCUUGUUAGGAAAGUGUUAAAGAAUAUGAAUGAUCCUUCUUGGGAUGAAACCAAUUUAUAACUAAUUUACCAUUGUUUGUUUCUUUCUAUUGAAAGACCAGUUGUCAAAUCAAACUGGGAAGCCUUCUGACUAGUCAGUGUUGCAUCAAGAGCACUACAAAGCAGAAUUUAACUGGAUCUAGUGAUUUUCUUGCUUGUAACGUAUACAAACAAGUCAAACCUUUCAAUGGAAGCAAUCUAUAAGUGUGGAGACCAUGGAUCCUGAACUUUACAAAACCUAAUUUGUUUUCAUCUAAAUUACCUCAUUUUGCAGAAUGUGCAGCAGCUGACUAAAAGUCCAUGUUUUUCAGUGGCUUUUUAAUUAAAUAUAUAUAUAUUUUCUUGUAAAUAUCUGUAAUUUUGAAUGCCUAUGUAAUUGAUGUAUCAGGGCUGAUACAACGUUAUACUGUACUUUUUUCCCAUUAUUAUAAUUGUCACAAGUUUUAGAAAUAACAGUACACUCUCACCUCAGAAAGAUCAGAGUUCUUUGAUGCUGUGUUUGGAUCAUUUGUAGGUUUGUUUCAAAUUACCCUACUCAUAUCACAUGCACAAAUCUACAAAACCUAUUUUUUCUUAUUGACAAUGUAUUUAAAUCAUCUAAUUAACAUUAUUUAUGUCUGUGCAAACAUUUAAACACAGUUUUAAAUGCUUUUUCAAUAUUAAAUCAAAAAAGAUACAAUAAAUUGUGGAUUGACACCAUUUUUUUGUUUCAUUCUAAUGGCCCCAUGGCAUAUUUAUUUACACUUGUUUGGAGCACUAAUAUACAACACUGUUUUGGCCAAUUAAAGACUGAUGUGCUUGCUUGCUUUUUUAUGACUGAUUUUUAGGUGUUUGUGUACUACAUUUUCUGUUGUUGUGCAUGUACUUUAACAUACACUGGCUGAUCAUUUUAAAAAAAAAUCCUAAUCUCAAUUUUGUGAAUAAAAAUAUUUAUUUUAUGGUCACGAUAAUCAAACAAACUCAAAAUCUAGUUAUGAGUAGGCCACUCAGGUUAGGCCAGCCUAAUGACAGAAUUCUGCUCUGCCUUUAGUAGGCAGGAUAUUUUUAUUCAGAACACCCUCAGUAUAAGAAUAGUCUCUGUCCACAUCCCCUUCUCUUAUCACAUGUAAAACAAUGUUGUUUCCAUCGCAGCAUGAAUAAACAAAAGCAAAUUUAGAAAUAAGGUUUGUAUUUACAAUUGGCCUUUUUGCGGCAUCUGUUAUACUAAAGUGUGUUUUGUAAUUUGCAGCUCUGGCAGAUUGGAAGGUCGGCAAUGCAUACAGUGGGCACCAUUAAAAAAUUCAGCCCAUGUAGGUUUUAUAACUGCAAUAACUACAGUGUCUUCAUAGAUUUAGAAUAGGGACACUACAGAACUGCAGCUGGUGCCCUCUUUAAGGAUCUUAUUCAAAGCUCACUGAAGUUAAUAGAAAGACUCCCAUUGACUUCAAUAAGCUUUGGAUCAAGCACCAGGAGACACAAAUUUCUGCUCUGCUUUAGUCAUCAAAUUAGAGGGGAGAGGUGUAUCGUCCACUCAAGUGGUGUGUUCCAACUCUUCUGUUCUUUUUUUUUUCACCUGACAGCAGCCAGAAAUGGAGGUAUAGCAUAACCACCUGUAUAUCAAGUUCAAGCACUGGCUUUAUCAAUGUUAUAAAAAGGUCUUAACCUUUACUCAAGUUGUUCCAUUGACUUCAGUGGUACUUACUGUAGCCCUGAUUCAGCAAAGCACUUAAGCAUCUGCUGAACUUUAAGCUUGAACUUAAGUCCCAUUGACUUCAAACUGAAGUACACGCUUAAAGGCUUUCUUGAAGCAGAGCCCAAAUGAAGGUAAAUAGAUUGUUUCUUGUUACGUUUAUUACUCAUUAAUAUUUUUAUCUGAUAAACCAUUUUAAAAGUAGAAUGGAUGCGAUUCCUCUCAAUUUUUCAUAGGGCUCAUGCACUGUUAUUUUAUCAAGGUGACUGUUAGAGUUUGCUCUGAAAAGUCCAUUUUUACUACAGACUUGAUUUUUCAUAUAAAGUUUUCAAUUAAUCUCUGGUGAAAAGUGAAUGUUCAAAUUGCUUGGCUGAAAAAAAUGGAUGGAGAUUCUUUUAACAAUAGAAAGAUAAAAAUAUCAUCACUUAACAAUACAGGGGAUUAAAUUAAUAGCUUGGGAACCUAAUGUUAGGGAUCUAAAUGGACACAUAGACCCCAAAUGACCAUUUUACACAUCUAAAUAUAUUUUAGGCACUUAAUUCCAUGUGCUCACAUUUGAAAAUUGGUCCCAUAUUCUUAAAGGAACAGACUGAGAAAAAGUUAAAGCAUUCAGGUGUGUUAGAGAUUUUCAGAUAUCUUCGCAAAGACUCAUUACUAAUUACAGUGUCUUAUCUUGAAAUGAUUUUCUGUUGCUGAAUUCAAACCAAAAUAUAGGGCUGAUAAAUUUGAUUGCCCUUUUGUUUAGCAGAAUUUAUAUCAUUACUUUUAAAAAGAGUAAGCUAAGUGAUGCUAAACAUCACAAAUAUAUCAUGUUUUUCCUGAAUUUAGAUUUGGGAAUGGCAAUGCGAUUUGAGUUUUGUUCAGGUAUGCUGACGUUGGAUUUCAAUGCCUGAACUUUACAAGUGAUUUACUCAGCCUUUAUUUUAGUGUGAAUUUUAAUUUUCUGUUGAGUGCUGGUGAAAAGACAUUCCAGAGGAAAAACAUAAAAGGAAAACAUUUAAUCUAGCAGUAUUUAGCAAAUUUUAACUCAGGAACAACUUCCAUCAUAACAUGAUCUUAUUUUACAUUGUAUUGUAAAGAGAAGCAUUGCUGUGUGAAUUUGCUGACAGUACAUGUGAGAUCUAAUGAUGAUUUUUACUUUGACAGUACCCCCAUACUGGUAUCUUACUGAAUAUGCCUUUGAUAUUAGAAUUAAGCAGUUAAUAUGAUCAUGAUUUAAUGCUGGUUGUUCAAAAUGAAUUGGGAUGAGGAAAUUGGUAUUAAAAAACAACAAAAGGCUAAUACAGUAUGUUGCUUUUUGUCCUUCGCUCUACAACAGAGAGCAAAAUCAGGGUUUUGGGAACCAAGAUAUGUCUAGAUAACAUUUUUUUUUCUAAAAUUUGUUAUACUGUAUAAAGAUUGUAAAUUUCACAGUGUGACCUUCUGAAUUGUUGGGAACUUUAUAUACGCAUGGAUAAAUGGGGCACUGUUUAUUUAACUUAUUAAGGGGUUAUUUCUUUGCUCUCAUUAUUUAAGGAUGAGGAGGUGAAGCCAUUUCUUAUCCUAUAGAUGUGAAGCACUUUCAGUUCUAAACUGUUCAAAAAUGUAGCAUAACAUUACUGUGUACUUAAAAUGAUGUAUGUGCUUGUUUGUUUCACCAUGUCAUGACAUCUUAAAAAUUAAACAACUGACUGCCUUUGUAUAAA